AUGCCCAAAUACAUCCUCACGGGCUGCGAUGGCAAUCUCGGCAGCGUAGCCGCCGGCCACGCUCUAUCCCUCGCCGGCCCCGGCGACGAGCUCGUCUUCACCAGCUACAAGGCCGACGCCAUCUCCAAAGACGUCCGGAGCGCGUGGGAGGCCAAGGGCGUGACGCUCCUCACGCUCGACUACGACGACCCGGCGAAGCUGGAGCGGGCCUUCGCCGGGGCCGAGGCCGUGUCCUUCAUCUCGACGUGGCUGAUCGGGCAGGGCCGCCGCACCCAGCACAAGAACGUCAUCGACGCCGCCAGGGCCGCCGGCGUCAGGCGCAUCUGCUACACGAGCUUCGUGGGGGCGCACCUGCGGGACGAGGUCGACAGGGACGAGGACAUGCCGUUUCUGCCGCGGGACCACGCCUACACGGAGAAGCUGAUCAGGGAGAGCGGGCUGCAGUACAGCAUCCAGCGGAACUAUCUGUAUAUGGAUAACAUCCCGCAGUUCUUCGCGCCGUCCUUCGAGUUUUGCGGGGACAAGUGGCUUUGCAACACCGGCGGUGCCAAGGGUGCGUUCGUCGCGCGUGAGGACUGUGGACGGGUGCUGGGCGCGUUGCUGAUGGGCAAGGGCGAGCCUAAUACGGUGUAUGCCGUCACGGGCCCCGAGCCUAUCACCUGCAAAGACGUCUUUGACUGGAUGGCGGAGCAGACGGGAUACAAGGGCGAGUUUGUGGACGUGUCGGAUGAGGAGCUUGAGCAGUGGUGGAAGGAGCGAGGACUGCCGUAUGAUGUUUACGGGGACUUCUCCAAGCUACCGUGCAAGCUUUGCAUGUACGACUUGCUUUGCUCUGGUCAGAUGGUAGCUUGGGGACAUAUGAGCGAGGUUACGGACUCGGUCGAGAAGUUGACGGGUAGAAAGCCUCUUCCGUUCAAGGAGGCGUUGUUGAAGUACAAAGACAUUUUCCCCCGGCCCAAGUAG